GACUCGAACGAGUCGAGUUCAAAGCAGAGGUAAAUGAAUAGAAAAAAACAUGGCUCCAGUAAACGAAGAGGUGAGUGAAGUUGAGAAGGAUAUUUUUGCGAAAAUUGCAAAUAAUGAUGUAAAUGGGCUGAAAAAUACCCUCCUACAACAGAAGAUGAAGGUGGAUAUCUAUGAUGAAAAUGGAAUGACACCACUACAACAUGCAGCCUACAAGGGAAAUAAGGAAAUUGUACAGAUGCUGUUGGACCAGGGCGCAGAUGUUAAUUCAGGAAAGCAUGAAUAUGGAUAUACAGCAUUGCAUUUUGCGGCACUUUCAGGAAAUUCUGAGUUGUGUCAUCUUUUACUUAUGGCAGGUGCUAAAAGUCAGACAACGAACUCAGUUGGCCGCACUGCUUCUCAGAUGGCAGCGUUUGUAGGGAACCAUGCUUGUGUUGCAGUCAUUAACAACCACAUACCAAAAUCAGACAUUGAUUACUACACAGUGCCGCAGGGUUUAGAAACAGAGCCGAAGCUUCCAGCAAUUCUUGCAGCACCUCUGCAUAAGUUCGUGAUGCAGGUGAACAUACAUCCCGUUCGUGUAGCUCUUAAUCUACAGAAGUUGCCAUUAUUGGGAGAGAAUUUGGACAAAGUACAAAGGGUGCUGGAUCUGAUGAGCGAACGGGAAAUGAAACGAGGCAUAGAAACAAAUGAAGUAAUGGCCUUCAAAUUUCAUUAUCUGGCAUUUGUUGUGGCAGAAGUAUCGUGCUGCCGAAAGAGGCAACUGGCUGCUCAGCAGGAGAGGAAGAAGGAUGCACAGGAAGAAGCUGAAGGUGAUAAAAAGGAAGGAGAAGAGAGACGAUCAGACCCAAUGGAGUUGUUUGCUAGGAAGAUGCUUAAAUGUGGGCGCAGUGGGGAUGGGACCACGCCUGAGUUUCAAGAGAGCUUCUUGCGGGAGUGUGUGAGGGAGUUCCCUUACCGCGAAUGCACCGUGUUCAGGCAGAUGGUGACAAGUCUGGCACAGCCAGACUCGGCUCAGGCCCUGAGUAUUAUUGCCGCAGCUAUAAACGGGCAGCGAAGUUUUGCAGACGCCUCUGCCACGUACUGUUCAACAUGCGGAGAAGAAGGGGCUCCCAAGAAGUGUUCGAAGUGCAAGGCAGUGCAAUACUGCGAUCGGGAGUGCCAGCGCUUACACUGGUUCAUGCAUAAGAAGGCGUGUGCACGAUUAUCACAAGCACCUAGCAAGGCUCACUUGGUACCAACUUCGAAAAUGCAACACCUUAAAGUCAAUUGAAAUCAAAAUGUCACAUAUGACUGGCAUGUUCAUAACUAACCACUGUUAUUUCAAGAUUUCAAAUAUAAGUGUUUUUAAAUGUCCCCUUUCUUUUUGUCAUUGAUUAUGUAAGGUUUUUGGGGGAGAGUGUCCAGAAAUCAGUCACACUGAGAUAUUCAAAUUGUGGUCUUAUGGAUUGUGACAUCAUGUAGUCUUGCAGGUGGUUAGCAAGGUUUUGGAGAAACAUAUUUCCCUUGGAUCAACCAUGACAGAAUGUUACAGUCUUGAAUUUGUGAGCAGUAUAUGCCUCCAAAACAGUGGUACUUACCUACGAGACCAGUUUUGUAACUGAGAAGAUUGUAGAAUGGAUAUUCCAUGCUAUGUAGAUAUUGGACUUUAUGUG